GCCACGAAUCAUCAUUGACUUGGAGGUCAGACCGGUUGAUCGUCUAGUCCAAUCGCUCACCUCUUCUCUCUUCCUUCUUCUUCUUCUUCCACUUUUUCUCCCCAGCCCCCCCUUCCUUCACCAUGGCUCUCCGUGCACCUCUCGGACCGGCAGUCAACAUCACUCGUCAAACCCUCUUGCCAGCCUCGAGAACUUUGCCAAAUGGAGUUCCUGCUUCCAUGGGAUUGAACAGGAAUCUUCCUUCCAUGGCCGGUCACGAUGGACAUUCACACGGACAUGGAUCUGAGAGGAGUGACCUACCUCCUGCUUGGGCUGGAAAGACCGGAGCGUUCAGCUCCGUCACAAGGGUUGCAGCCUACCCGACCACCAAAAUCAACUUCCGAGCUCUUCACACUACCCCUGCCCGCCCAGCUGGCAGCUCGAUUCACCCCCUAUCAGGUGGCGUCAACCACAUGGCUUCUCCCGAAAGUCAAACUGCAUCUACUGGUGUACCAGACUUUUCAGCGUACAAGGCUUCCAACUCUGGACGUAAUCGAACAUUGUCAUACUUCAUGGUCGGAUCCUUGGGUGUCCUCGCCGCAUCAGGAGCAAAGAGCACAGUAACGGAUCUUCUGAGUGGUAUGGCUGCUAGUGCCGAUGUCUUGGCUUUGGCCAAGAUUGAAGUCGAAAUGAGUGCUAUUCCAGAGGGCAAGAACCUCAUCGUCAAGUGGCGUGGAAAGCCAGUGUUCAUCCGACACCGAACCGCAGACGAAAUUGAAGAGGCCAACGCUGUCGACAUUAAGACAUUGCGUGACCCUCAAACCGACGAAGAGAGGACAAAGAAGCCAGAGUGGCUCGUCAUGCUUGGUGUCUGUACCCAUCUCGGAUGUGUACCCAUUGGAGAAGCUGGAGACUACGGUGGAUGGUUCUGCCCUUGCCACGGAUCCCAUUAUGACAUUUCCGGACGUGUGCGACGUGGACCUGCUCCUCUCAACUUGGAAGUCCCGGCUUACGACUUCAACGAGGAGGAGGAAAAGAUCAUUGUCGGAUAGACUUCAGGCAUGUCGGAUGUAUGUGGGUGGGGUAGACGAGAUCAUGUUGCGGACCCUUUCUUCUAUAUAUAUAUAUAUAUAUAUAUAUAUA